CUGAAAAACGUCAGUCUUCCACGGGAGUGUCUUCCCCGUUUCUUGGCCAUAGCGAGUUUGAAUACCCUGGCGAAUAGGGAGACGUGUGGGUUGUUGUUGGGCAAGGAUAAGGGGCACCGGUAUUCGGUUACGACGCUGUUGAUACCGAAGCAGCAUGCGACGAGUGAUACGUGUACUAUGGAUGAGGAGGAGUUGGUUAUGCAGUUUACGGAGGAGAGGAGUUUGAUUACGCUUGGAUGGAUACAUACGCAUCCUUCUCAAUCAUGUUUUAUGUCUUCUGUGGAUUUACAUACCCAUUCUGGAUUUCAACGGAUGUUGCCAGAGUCGUUUGCUGUCGUUUGUGCUCCCAAUUCGAACCCAAACUUUGGCAUCUUCCGCUUGACCGACCCUCCAGGUCUUACGACUGUUCUAGAGUGUACCGUGAAAGAAGCGUUUCAUCCUCAUCCUGAUUUACCCAUAUAUACGGACGCGGAUAAGGGGCAUGUGCAAAUGAAAGAUUCUUCUUUGGAAAUCGUGGAUCUCCGCUGA